GAGUCGAUGGAUGAUAUAAUAAAAGAUAACGAUAGUCGCGAUAUUGAAGAAUUUGAGUGUACUCCAAUCGAUAACCCGGACGAAAUUAGUAUCAUUGUUCCUUCUUCAGGUACUUCGGGUAUGCCGAAAGCUAUUGAGAUCAGGCAUUCCAGUAUUAAUAACUAUCUGAACCCCCAACAAAUUGCUAAAAUGAAAAAUAAUAUUUGCUAUUUUACUUCGACAUUACGUUGGAUGUAUGGCAUUCUAUUAGCAUUACAGGCUAUCUUGUCGUAUUCAACUACAAUUUUAGUACCAGAAACUGUGGCAGACAUUGAUGUCGAGUACAUUUGCAAGAUUAUUGAAAAAUAUCAAAUAACGCUAAUAGCUACGGUACCAAACAUUCUAAUCAAUUUAAUCAAGAUGGAUUUGUUAGAAAAGUAUCGGUUACCGACAUUAAGAAUUGUUCUUUCUGCUGGUUCUAUUUUCCCAAAACAAUAUCAGGAAGCAUUGGCAAAGAAAUUACCACAUACUUUAAUUAGAAAUAGAUAUGGUACGUCAUAGGAAUCUUAAAUACUACUUGAUAAUUAAUCUUUCUUUCUCAAAUUAAUUUGU